GUUGAUCAGAUGAGAUCAGAUCCAGAGUUCAGCUGUGUGUCCAUGAAGAGUGACUGGUCUAUGGAUCCGCCAUUAAACUUUAAGGCCCAAUCCCAAUUCUACCCCUUACCCCUACACUUUCCCCUACCCCUCCGUUUGGCGCGUUCACGUGAAGGGGUGUCUCAAUUCUCUUUUGGUUGGAGGGGUAGGGGUAAGGGGAAGAGCCAGAUAGCCCUUCAAACGAAGAUUUUUCGGGACCUCACUUCAAACGAAGGGCUAAGAGAAAUGUCCAACAUGGCCGCUCACUCGAGCAAGCAGACCCAAAUACCACUCGUAACAGAACCCGUCUGUAAGAAGAUGAAGUUUGAUCCGUCUGAGAAUCAACCACAAGACUUCAAUGAAGACAUGUGUCCUGCUUUCAGCCAUGAGUCUAAACCUGCUGAAGUCCUCGACACAUUCAGAUCAAAUCUGAGGAAGAAGUUUGAGUGUGUGUGUGAGGGAACAUCAGGUGAGAGAAACCCAACACUGCUGAAUGAGAUCUACACAGAGCUCUACAUCACAGAGAGUGAAAGUGGAGAGAUCAGUAAUGAACAUGAGGUGAGACAGAUUGAGACACAAUCCAGGAGAACAGCAACAGAGGACACACCCAUCAAAUGCAAUGACAUCUUUAAAGCUUUACCUGCACAAGACAAACCCAUCAGACGUGUGCUGACAAAGGGAGUCGCUGGCAUUGGAAAAACCGUCUCUGUGCAGAAGUUCAUUCUGGACUGGGCUGAAGGGAAAGAGAAUCAGGACGUCCACCUCAUAUUUCCACUUCCUUUCAGAGAGAUCAACUUGAUAAAGAAGAAAACACUCAGUCUUUUACAUCUUCUUCAUCUUUUCUUCCCAGAGACAAAAGAAAUGGAAAUCUCCAGCGGUGACUAUAAAGUGUUGUUCAUCUUUGAUGGUUUGGAUGAGUGUCGUGUGUCUCUGGAUUUUCACAGCAGUGUGAGGUUGUGUGAUGUCAGUGAAUCAGCCUCAGUGGACGUGAUGCUGACAAACCUCAUGUUGGGGAAUCUGCUUCCCUCCGCUCUCAUCUGGAUCACCUCCAGACCAGCGGCAGCUGAUCUCAUCCCCUCUGAGUGUGUGGAUCGAGUCACAGAGGUACGAGGCUUCACUGACAAACAGAAGGAGGAAUACUUCAGCAAGAGAAUCAGCGAUGAGAGUCUGGCCAACAGAAUCAUCUCACACCUGAAGUCAUCCAGGAGCCUCUACAUCAUGUGUCACAUCCCAGUGUUCUGCUGGAUUUCAGCCACUGUUCUAGAGAGAAUGUUGAGUGAAGCAGAGAGUGAAGGAGAGAUCCCCAAGACUCUCACUCAGAUGUACACACACUUCCUGAUCAUUCAGACAAACAUCAAACAUCAGAAGGACUAUGAGAAGAAGGUGAAGAAUGAUGAAGACAUGAUCUUCAAACUGGCCAAACUGGCAUUUGAGCAGCUCGUGAAAGGCAACGUGAUCUUCUAUGAUGAGGACCUGAGAGAGUGUGGCAUUGAUGUAGCAGAAGCAUCAGUGUACUCAGGAUUGUGCACUCAGAUCUUCAGAGAGGAGUUUGGCUUGUAUCAGGGGAAAGUUUACUGCUUUGUUCAUCUGAGCGUUCAGGAACAUCUCGCAGCUCUUUAUGCUCACAUCUCCAUCACAAACAACAAGAGAAAUGUGUUCAAGAAAACUAACAAACUAUCUCAAGGAAAUAAGCUUUCAAUAUCUGAGCUGCAUCAGAGAGCUGUAGACGAGUCUCUACGGAGUAAAAAUGGACAUCUGGAUCUUUUUCUUCGUUUUCUUCUGGGUUUGUCGCUGGAGUCUAAUCAGAAUCUUCUACGAGGUUUGAUGACACAGACGGUAAGAAGCUCUCACAGCAAUGAGAAAACAGUCGAGUAUAUCAAGAAGAAGAUCAGGAGCGCUCACUCUCCAGAGAAAUCCAUCAAUCUGUUUCACUGUCUCAAUGAAGUGGGUGAUGAUUCACUAGUGGAGGAAAUCCAACAUCAUGUGAAAUCUGGAACAUUAAGUCAAACCAAACUCUCUUCAUCUCAGUGGUCAGCUGUAGUUUUUGUGUUGUUGACAUCAGAACACGAGCUGAAGGAGUUUAAACUGAGGGAUUUUGUUAGAGGAGGAAACAAAGCUGAACAACUGAAGGUUCUUAAGAAUCUGGUGCCUGUGAUUCGUGAAUCCAGAUCAGUUCAGUUGAGUCGGUGUAAGAUCACAGAUGAAGGUUAUGUUGCUCUGACUUCAGCUCUGAGAUCAAACCCCUCACACCUGACACAUCUGGAUCUGUCUGAUAAUAAUGUAGGAGAUUCAGGAAUGAAGCUGAUCUGUGAUGUACUGGAGAAUCCUCACUGUAAACUGGAGACACUGAGGUUGAGUCGGUGUAAGAUCACAGAUGAAGGUUGUGUUGCUCUGACUUCAGCUCUGAGAUCAAACCCCUCACACCUGACACAUCUGGAUCUGUCUGAUAAUAAUGUAGGAGAUUCAGGAGUGAAGCUGAUCUGUGAUGUACUGGAGAAUCCUCACUGUAAACUGAAGACACUGAAGUUGAACUGGUGUGAGAUCACAAUCACAGAUGAAGGUUGUGUUGCUCUGACUUCAGAUCAUAAUAAUGUAGGAGAUUCAGGAAUGAAGCUGAUCUGUGAUGUACUGGAGAAUCCUCACUGUAAACUGGAGACACUGAGGUUGAACUGGUGUAAGAUCACAGAUGAAGGUUGUGUUGCUCUGACUUCAGCUCUGAGAUCAAACCCCUCACACCUGACACAUCUGGAUCUGUCUGAUAAUAAUGUAGGAGAUUCAGGAGUGAGUCUUCUCUGUGAGCUGAGAGAUGAUCCACAUUAUAAACUAGAGUCAGUGUGGAUUGACAGCUGGUGACAGUAAGGUGUGUGUUUGCAGGUGUGUGUGUGUGUGAUCUUCAGUAUCAUCUGAUGGAGAAUAAGAAGACGACACUAUAGUGACAUCACAGACACACAAUCAACACAGACUGAAGACACAAUAACACCUCACACUGAUAACACUGUUUGAAACAAUCAUUCACACAUUCAGUUUCAUAAUCCUGUGAUAGUCUUCAUGAAGUGACUGAAAAACUUCUUCAACAAAAGAAAAUGAUGUUCCACAAUCUUGUCAGGACAGUAAACACAGACAAAUGUUGUAUAAACUCCAGUAGAUUUGACUCAAAUAGAGGAAAUCUAGUGUGUGUGUUCAGAGAUGUCCAGUAAAGAUCAUCAUGUGUGUGACUCACUUUAUCACCAAUAAAACAAAUGAAUUUAACCGUCACAACAUCUGAAGAAGAUCAGAAAUAGAAAGAGUUUGAAACUUUGAGUCUGAAUCCUGAAAGCAUUGAAGUGAUGACUUCAUAUCAACAUUAUUAUUAUUUUAUUUGACUUUUACAAGAAGGUGACUAAUGUAACCAAAAUCUAUGAGCUACACGUUUACUUCCAUAAGUAA